AUGACCUGUCCUUGUCUGAUAAUUGUGAUUGAGACCAUUGCUCUAUACACUCCCGAUGUCAAUCCCAACUUGUUUUACAGAAAAUACAUCAGUAAAACCGAGGGACGGAUUGCUCGCCAUGUAGACAAGUCUCUCAGCAAAGGACCUAUCCUUGUAAUAUACUUCAUAGGUUAUAGGCGCCGCAUAAAGCAAGUCCGCCGCACCCAAAACUUGAACCUUACCUUCAUUUCAGAUGAGGGUGCAAGAUGCCGAUUCAGAUGGCAAAUUUGUGCCGGAGUCACUUGCAUGAACGGGCGGGUUUUAAUUCCGCCACCAAGCCUUACACAUUACGGUUGGGGUCGUAUCUUCCUCGAAUCUCAUGUCUACAACGAGGUGAUGAGUAUACAAGUUUCCGACUCGGACGAUGUUCUGCCGAAAACCACGAAGAAUGCUGACAUAAAGUUCAUGGCCCACCAACUGCCAACCAAUUGCCAACAUGUUGAGGAACGAUGCGGCACGGUUGCGGGACGAGGCUGUCAGGCAGGGCUUCGCCGGACAUCUGAGAAAAUAUUUCUGGUCUACAACGAGGUGAUGGACUCCCAAAGUCAACAACAAUUUUCUGGCAAAAUAGGAGGUGUCCAGAGCCACAAUAAUUCUCUCACCGAAUUUUCAAGGGAUUGA